CAAAAACGGCGGGAGUGGAAGGGAGGGGGGAGGGCGGCAGCGCGCGCUAGUCAGUCUCUGAUCAGUAGUGUCGAGUGUAGGGGCGGCCAGCUCCAGCUAUGGACCUGUUCAAGAGAUGGAUGACGUUAUUGAUAUUAGUUAUAGCCACGCAUUCCAGUUAUAUCACCGCUAGACGUCACAGACACCACCACGGCCAUGGACGCGACAAGAGGCAGCACUCUCCAGGCAGCUACGUGUUGGAUGUGCCGGACCCCGAAGCUGGUGACUGGGAGGAAUGGAGCAGUCCAGCACCUUGUUCACGUUCUUGCGGCGGCGGAAUCUCCUACCAGACUCGUCAGUGCAGGCAAGAUAGUAGAGUUCCAUGUCAGGGUGCUUCCAAACGCUACUUCUCCUGCAAUAUACAGGAUUGUCCUGAGGAUUCUGUUGACUUCCGGACAGAACAAUGUUCAAGUUUCAACAAUGUUCCUUUCGACGAUGUGUUUUACACAUGGGUACCUUACACAAAAGCCCCGAACAAAUGCGAGCUUAAUUGUAUGCCCCGAGGUGAACGUUUCUACUACAGACACAAGAACAAGGUGGCUGAUGGGACUCGCUGUGAUGAGGAGAAACUGGACGUCUGUGUUGAUGGAAAAUGUUUGCCUGUGGGGUGUGACCAUAUGCUGGGGUCCUCAGCAAGGGAAGACCAGUGUCGAGAAUGUGGAGGAGAUGGGAGCAGUUGUAACACAGUCCAGGGUAUCCUAGAGAACGAUGAUUUACAAGUUGGAUACAAUGACCUGAUGCUUAUUCCUGCUGGGGCGACCAACAUCAGAAUACAAGAAAUCAAACCUUCCAAUAACUAUUUAGCUAUCCGUAACGUGACAGGACACUACUACCUCAACGGAAACUGGAGGAUAGACUUCCCUCGUAGCAUAAGGGCAUGUGGUACAAUAUUUCAUUACGAGCGCAAGCCACACGGCUUCUUUGCUCCAGAAAUGAUCUCAGCUCUUGGCCCUACAUUGGAGCCUAUAUACAUUGUCUUGCUCUACCAAGAGAAAAACCCCGGUGUGGAAUACGAGUACAGUAUCCCCAAGGGUGCAGUCCAGGACACGGACCCUGAGGGUUACAGUUGGGUCUACAAUGAGUUUGGCCCCUGCAGUGCUACAUGUGGUGGAGGAGUACAGUCACGUAACGUGUGGUGUGCCAAGCGGCGAGACUCGUCAGAGGUUUCCCGUGACUUGUGUAAUGAGGCUCUAGAGCCCCCUUCAUCCGAGGAGUGUGCACCUGAACCUUGUGCCCCACAAUGGACCGUUGGACAGUGGAGCCCUUGCAGUGAAUCUUGUGGAACUGGUGGCAUGCAAACUAGACAGGUGAUAUGUGAGCAGAUAAUUAGUGGAGGACGAGGUUCACUGGUGAACUCAUCUGUUUGUGAGGAGACCCUGGGGCCUGCUCCCCCUACCUCUCAGCCAUGCCCCCCUGGCUCUCCCUGCCCCUCCUGGCACAUCGGCCCCUGGAAACCUUGUGACCGGCUGUGUGGAAAUGGUCAUCAGAGACGAGAUGUCAUCUGUUUCCGCAAGAUCGAUGGUCGCAUAGAGAAAAUGUCAGACGAGGCUUGCCCCACAGAGAAACCACCUACUGAGAUGGACUGCCAGCUGCGGCCCUGUGAGGGUGUAGAUUGGGUCACCACUGAGUGGUCAGGGUGUGAGGACAAAUGCGGACUGGCAUAUGAGACAAGACAAGUGAUCUGUGCAACGGAAAAAGGAGAAUUAUACCCAGAAACCUUUUGCCAGAAGAGUAAAAUCCCAGAACUCAAGAGAGAGUGUAAUGCAACAGCCGCCUGCAAACAUCAGUGGUUCGCCUCACAGUGGAGUGAAUGUUCGGCGCAAUGUGGCCAGGGGCUGCAGACUCGCAAAGUGUUCUGUGGCUCAUUUACGGACGAGGGUGUGACUCGUGCUGAUGACUCAUUAUGUGAUGCAGCCGUCCGCUAUGAGGACAGCAAGAACUGUACAGGCGAGGAAGAGUGCAAAGGCAGCUGGUUUGCUGGACCCUGGAGUGCGUGCUCUAAGCCAUGCGGUGGAGGCCAGAGAACACGCAAGGUCCUCUGUAUGCUGAAUGAGACAUCAGUACCAACAUCUCAGUGUGACAUGAACUCUAUCCAGUUCAGCAGCGAAGACUGCAAUAACAUUCCUUGUGGCACAGAUCAGAUAAUCACUGUUGCUCCUGAACACAAAGUCUAUGAGGACUAUGAGUAUGAUGAGGACUGCGAUGAAGACUAUGAAGAUGACUUCAUCACAACUGAAGGGGUUGAAGCAUUUACAUCAGAACUAGAAGGCUCUGGCUCAUCUCCACAAGAAACACUUUCCAGUGAUAGUUCAAGUUUUAGCUCAGAAAUGAUGUUGAGUGAUGGACCAUCUUCAGACACUUCACUUUUGGUUUCCUUUGGAUCAUCAGACUUCACAGAAGGAAGUGGAACAGGAUCAACAUUGGAGUUUGAAGGUAGUGGAGAUUCUUCACCUACAACUGAAGCAUCAACAGCAAGUUCCGAAACUUCAACAGAGCCUUCAUCUGAAAGUUCUCUGUCAUCAACUGAUGCAUCCUCAGGAUCUAGUGAAAUAUCAACCAUGUCUGAUAGUGCGGGAUCAACUACAACUGAUUCAUCUGAAUCAACUACAGUUACUACUGAAGUUAGUACAAGUUUUUCGACGACUGAAGGCUCAACAGAAGUUUCAGAGACAUCUGAAGAAUCUACAACAUUAGUUUCUACUGAAUCUUCUUCAGCAUCAAGUCUUCUUACGGAGACAUCAACACCAGAGACUGAACUAACAUCAGAAGGUUCAUCAUCAGGAUCAUCAAGUGAAUCAACCGAAAGUACAGAAACGUUGAUAUCCAUAUCAUCAUCAGAAUCAUCAACUGAAUCAACUGAAAGUACAGAAACAUUGACAACCAUAUCAUCAUCAGAAUCAACUGAAAGUACAGAAACAUCAAGUUCUACUGAUUCAACUUCAGAGAGCUCAAGUCUUUUAUCCGUUUCUGUUUUAUUAGGAGACUCUGAAACUUCAACUGACAGUGCAUCAACAAUAAGUAGUUCUGAUGUAACUACCAUUACUGGCUCAACAAGCACAGAAGACUCUGUAUAUGGUGGAGAUACUGGUGACUUAUUUGUUAUAGAUUUUAUGUCAAUAUCCGGCUCAACAGACAGUUCUCAAUCAACAUCAUUAGGAUAUACAAGUGAAUCAUCUUCAUCAUCAGAAGAAGAAAGUACUACGGAGAGUGAAUUAUCAACAACUUCAUCACUUGGUAUCAGUACCUCAACAGACCAGUCAAUCACUUCAGAUACUAUUAGUUCAUCUGAUAGUUCAAUAUCCUCAACUGAAUUUACUGUUUCUGAAGCAUCCACAAUAUCUUCAGUAUCGUCUAGUGAAAGUUCAUCUGGAUCUUCUGUAUCUGCCUCUUCAGAAUCUGUAACACAAAGUUCAGAAUCCUCUUCCUCUUCAGAAUCAUCUUCCCUUACAGUGGCAUCUACUGAGGAUGACAUGUCCUCAGUUACAUCUCCCACUUAUGGUGCUAGUACAACAGAACUAAUCAGCAUAUUCUCUUCAGAAUUAACAACAGCAGCGGCAAGAGCUAAGAAGAGGAGGAGGUGUAAGAAGAGGCAAAAGAAGAGUGCCUGUCUGUCAUCAGAGUUUGGGUGUUGCUAUGACAACGUAACUGCUGCUCAAGGUCCAUUUAAUAAAGGUUGCCCAUUGGUUGAAACCUGCAAGGACACCAAACACGGAUGCUGUGAGGAUGGAGUCUCUCCUGCCAAAGGCCCCAACUAUAUGGGAUGUCCGCCAUCACAGUGUAAUAUGACCUUGUUUGGCUGCUGUCCUGAUGGAGUGAGUACUGCUAUCGGCAAUGACUUUGAAGGUUGUCCUGAAGAACCCACAACACCUUCAGACUGUACAGCAUCACAGUUUGGAUGUUGUCCGGACGGAACCAUUGCUGCCUCAGGACCUGAUUUAGAAGGCUGUGAAGGAGUUGGAGACUGUAAUAUAACAGAGUAUGGUUGUUGUCCAAACAGCGAACAGGCUGCUACUGGCCCUGACAAUGAGGGGUGUGAUAUUAUUGAUUUGACAACAGAAGAACUUGUUACUGUGGAGCCAGAAAAUGGUACAGACUGUGAGAACUCAACAUAUGGUUGCUGCCCUGACGGUAUAAUCGCUGCCAGCGGCCCUGACAAUGAAGGCUGUGAGCUGGAUUGUGGUGACUCCGCCUAUGGUUGUUGUCCUGAUGGAAACACAACGGCAUUAGGGCCCGAUGGGCAAGGUUGUCCUGCAGCAUGUGUUGAUGAGCCGUUCGGUUGUUGUCAGGAUAACCUUACAUCAGCUCAUGGGCCUAACAAGGAGGGCUGCUGCUUGUUGGAAACAUUUGGAUGUUGUCCUGACAAUAUUUUGCCUGCUCAAGGUCCAAAUUUGGAAGGAUGUGGAUGCCAGUACACGACAUAUGGUUGCUGCCCUGACAACCAAACAGCUGCACGUGGACCUGACAACCAAGGUUGUGGUUGUCAUUACACAGCCCAUGGUUGUUGUCCCAAUCAGUACACACCUGCGGCAGGCCCUGGUUAUCAAGGUUGCCCCUGCUACACUUACCAAUUUGGUUGCUGCCCAGAUGGAGUCACUCGUGCAAUUGGACCCAAUCUACAAGGUUGUGGCUGUGAAAACACACAGUAUGGCUGUUGCCCUGAUGGUCGAACCCCAGUCCCCGGACCUGAUCGCGUGUGUGACUGUGCAGCUUCUCUCUACGGUUGCUGUCCUGAUGGCUUCUCAGAGGCUGUGGGUGAACACUUCGAGGGCUGCACUGACGUACCUCUUGGACCUGGUGAACUGUGUACGCUGCAGAAGGAUAGAGGCACAUGUCGGGAUUUCACAGUGAAAUGGUUCUAUGACACAGAAUACGGUGGUUGUUCCCGGUUCUGGUAUGGUGGUUGUGAGGGCAAUGAGAACCGCUUCAAAACUCAGGAUGAGUGCAAACAAACAUGUGUUGACCCGCCUGGCAGAGAUGCGUGCCUCCUACCCAAGAUAGAGGGUCCAUGUGAUGGCUACUAUCCGACCUGGUACUUUGACAGUGAGAGGAAGCAGUGUGGUCAGUUCGUCUACGGUGGUUGUCUGGGUAAUGGCAACAAGUUCGAGACCAGAGAACAAUGCGAGGAUCUUUGCAUCACUCCUGAUACUCUGGAUGCCUGUGACAAGCCAGUGGACCAAGGGCCAUGUGAAGGAAACUUUACUAGGUGGUUUUAUGACAAGGAAUCUGAAGUCUGUACAACUUUCAACUAUGGAGGCUGCAAGGGCAACAAUAACAACUUCCUGACAGAGCUUGCCUGCCAGCAGAAGUGUCUGCAACCAGGACGUGGCAGAGUGGUAGAUGUCUGUGGCCUAGAUAUGGACCCAGGACCGUGUCCUGGUACUGUCAUGCGUUGGUACUACAACCGGUUGGCAGACACAUGCCACCAAUUUGUGUAUGGUGGUUGCCAGGGCAACGCUAACCGGUUCCGCACUGAAACCGAAUGUGUGAAUCGAUGCAUAGACCAGACACCAGAGCAAAAUACUUGCCUGCUGCCUGCUCUGGUGGGAGAGUGCCAUAACUACACAGCCCGCUGGUACUACGACUCUCUUGAGGCACAAUGUCGCCAGUUCUACUAUGGUGGAUGUGGUGGAAAUGGCAACAACUUCCAGACAGAGGAGGAAUGCAAGAACAGCUGUGACCAGGGCUACGUUCCGCCACCUCCUCCUCAGCCUCCACAAUAUGAGCCACCACAAUAUGAGCCACCACAAUAUGAACUGACCACAGCCCCGCCACAGCCCCAACCUCCCCCUCCCUUUACUCCAGAUAUGUGUUUCCUGCCGGACGAUGUUGGAGAUUGUAAAACUGGUUUUGCCUUGUGGUUCUACGACAGCAGAGAUGGGGUUUGCAAGCAAUUCCUAUAUGGUGGUUGUGGAGGCAAUGGUAACCGGUUUAACUCCAAACAAGAGUGUGAAAGCAGAUGUGGAAAUGUGCAAGAUGUAUGCACUCUACCACGUGUGGUCGGUCCUUGUGAUGGGCUUGAACCACAAUUCUAUUAUGACCAGGCUGCUGAUGCCUGUUACCCAUUCGACUAUGGGGGUUGUCAAGGCAACAACAACCGAUUUUCGACCAUGGAGGAGUGUGAGCAGAGAUGCCGCAAGGCUCCUCCUCCACCACCGCCCACUGCUCAUGCUGUGGCACCACCUCCACCCAUCUGCUACCAACCCGUUGACAAAGGCCCUUGCAACAAUGAGGUGACUGCUUGGUUCUAUGAUCCAGCAAGUGGGCAAUGUCAGACAUUCCUCUUUGGGGGAUGUGAAGGCAAUGCCAACCGGUUUUCAUCAAUUGAACAGUGUGAGAGGCAGUGUGGACAAUUCAUUGGACAAGAUGUAUGCAAUGUGCCAGUUGAUGUGGGACCAUGUGUGCAACAGCUCAGCAAGUGGUAUUACGACCCAGCCACUAGUUCCUGCCAGGAGUUCCACUAUGGUGGUUGUGAUGGCUCAGCAAACCGAUUCAGUUCCCUGCGUGAAUGCGAGAGCAUCUGUCUCCACCGAGAGGAACUCAUUCCGGACCAGAAUAGUUCUCUGUCCUACCUCGCAAUAUGCAAGCUGCCUGUGGACUCUGGACCGUGUUUGGAUGGAGAGUUCACAAGAUGGGCAUUUAACGAACAGCAGCAGACUUGUGUUGCGUUCACUUACCAUGGCUGUGCUGGUAAUCUCAACCGCUUCAAGAGCUUCAAGGCCUGUCUGGACUAUUUUGCCGGGCCGGGCCAUAGUGCCCAACCUGGCGAAACACGUGAGUUUAGUUCUCCAUGAGAUCUUGUAUUGUAA